GCGAUUGGCUAAGGCCGGUGUUAUAUAAAACGUUGGCAGUAGCAACAGAGAGCCAUCCAAGGUUUUGUUCUGAUGGCAAUAUUCAGUCUCGCUACCAUGCCGCUCGUUCGCUCGCUUGCGCUCAUCGCGCUAGUCACCGUAGUCGCUGCCUUCACCGACAGUGAAAAAUGCGUCACAAAGGACAUUGGUAUUUAUGGCGACCACAGACAAAGAUUUGUCGAGAAAAUUCCAUACGGGAAGACAAGAAAAGACUUUAUUGGAAAACCUUGCAAGAAACCAGACAAGUGGGUCGGUGAACAGGUAGAUCUGUGCAACGUAAAGAACACCACUAAAGAGUUCCCAUCCAUCGAAGGACCUCCCGAAAGAAAGUUAACACCCGUGAAUCUCACUUGUAAAGAUCAUGACGGUUGUGACUUAGCUUAUGUUUAUCAAUGUAUGAGUAGGUAAACUGACCUGGCUUUGUUUCAAAAUUAAACACUUUCAGUAGGCGGUUAGUUUUUUGCGGUUUCAGUCUUGCAAGUAGGUUACACGUUUUGCGGAAACCGCAAGAAAUUAAUAGCAGUGCGUGCUAAGUGCUUAAAUAGGUACUUAACACGAGGUUCCAAAUUCAAAAACAAAACUUAAGCUUGGGGAAAACUAUUACUAACUAAGUUAUUAACUUUGAAAACGGGAUAAUUUUGAAUAUACUAUAACAACAUUUUCGAUAGGUACACGCUUACCAAAGCAUCUUGCUUGUAUCUUAGACGUAGUAGGUAUAGGUACCUACCUAAAAAGUGCUUCUAGUUUAAUAGAUAUUGCCCACCCAAUGCAUCAUACAGCUCUUACCUAUAGGAGUAUAUUUGAUUUAAAUUUGGUUGUUCCUAUUAUCUUAACAUAUUAAACAUAACUUAUAUGAAUAAAGAUUGAAUAGUA